AUGUUGCUAGAGAUGCGCUGUCAAGUCCAUUCAGAGCUGGCAGUGAUUGAAGAGGAGGAGGGGCACCUUGAGGCUUCUUUGAGUCAGCUCCAGAAAGCCAUGCGGCUGGAUAACGGGACACAACGAGAACGCCUGUCGUCAGCUUUUCACCUCCUACAGCUCAGAGGGACCCUCUACCAAACGCCCUCCCGGACUGAGGAUAAAGCCGCUAUGCUUAUGCAGCAGGCCAGGGACAUGCAGCCGCAAGAUAAGACAGACCGUCGUCCCAUCCUGAUCGCUGUGGGUCUCCUUUUGGCCCCUGAUGAUUUCCAGAUGGUGCUGGAUGCAGACGACACCUCCAAAAUUCCCGUAGGCAGUUUUGGAUCUGGACCAGUGGCACAGCUCUUUGCUAAGGCUCAGCAUCACUCUACAUCUGUUCAAAAGAUGGAUGGACACCUGGCCAGACAAGGAGAUGACAAAGACAACACAGAGAGGGUAAAGUUGUGGGCAACACUGGCAAAAACAGCCAGGAAACAGGAAAUGUGGGAUGUGUGCCGAGCUGCUUGUCGAUUCUGUCUGCUUUACGAUGAUGGGAGGUGGAAGAUUUCCAAGACUGACAAAUGUAGAUGCUCAGAAGAAGAAAGCUGUGCAGAAUGUCACGAUUGCAAUGGAAGUCAAACCUGUGUGAAGGACUUGCUGCGCCUUUUAGCUGAAAUUCACUUCAUCAGUGCUGAGGCCACUGUCCAAAAGCUGCUAACAGAGGGGGUGCAGCUUAACAGCCCUGCUGUACCUGCUGUAGAAACAGAGGUGUGUGUGUCUGAAGAUGAUCCACACUGGGUUGUUUACAGGUGA